UUGAAACUGAAAAAUUCUGAACUGAAACUGAAAAGUUUAACAGUGAAACUCAAAAAUUAAGCUGCGUGACGACAAAAGAGUUACCUGUGUGACCACCGGGCGUCAUCAUCGCUACAGUUGAUUGGUGGUUUGCGGCUGCGUCCGCAUGGCAACCGUGAGCUGUGUACAAGAAAUGAGAUAGAAGGGAGCUUUCUGGAAACGUUGAACGGGAUCACAACAGCUAAUACAGCUUCCUCCCCUCCCCUCCGUAGACAAGGUUACAUUUGGAGAUCGCAGACGGCGUGGAGCGGCUUUAAUGCGGCGUGUUGUUGGCGCAGACUGACAGCCAGCUGUAAGCUGCCACCACAGACCUGUAAUCAUGACGGCAGAGGAGACGAUCAACAUCAAGGAGGCAGAGGUGAUCAAGCUGAUCCUGGACUUCCUCAACUCCAGGAAGCUGCACAUCAGCAUGCUGGCCUUAGAGAAGGAGAGCGGCGUCAUUAAUGGACUUUAUUCUGAUGACAUGCUCUUCCUCAGGCAACUCAUUCUGGACGGCCAGUGGGAGGAAGUGAUGCAGUUUAUUCAACCUUUAGAAGGAAUGGACAAGUUUGACAAGAGAAGGUUCCGCUACAUCAUUCUGAAGCAGAAGUUUCUUGAAGCUCUGUGUGUAAAUAACGCCAUGUCUGCUGCUGAAGACCCUCAGAAUCUGGAGCUCACCAUGAAGGAGGCAGUCAAGUGCCUCCACAAUCUGGAGGAGUUUUGUCCAUCCAAAGAGGACUACAGCAAGCUGUGUCUCCUCCUCACGCUGCCACGCCUCACCCACCACGCCGAGUUCAAAGACUGGCACCCGAGCACGGCGCGCGUCCACUGCUUUGACGAGGCCUGCACUAUGGUAGCUGAAUUCAUUCCAGCGGACAGGAAGCUGAGCGAGGCUGGAUUCAGGGCGAGCGGGAACCGUCUCUUCCAACUACUCAUCAAAGGGAUCCUUUAUGAGUGCUGUGUUGAGUUCUGUCAGAGUAAAGCAACUGGUGAGGAGAUCACAGAGGGUGAGGUGUUGCUCGGUGUGGAUGUGCUCUGCGGGAACGGCUGUGAUGAACUGGAUUUGUCGCUGCUCUCCUGGCUGCAAAACCUCUCCCCCGGUGCCUUCUCAUGCGCCUUCCAGCAGAAAACCCUCAACAUCCACGUGGACCGGCUGGUGAAGCCCAGCAAGGCCGGCUAUGCCGACCUCCUCACGCCCUUAAUCAACCGCCUAUCCCCCUGCCCUACCUCGCCCUUCCACCAGAGGCCUCAUUCAGCCGACACCUACAUGUCCAGAUCCCUCAACCCAGCUCUGGACGGCCUGUCCCACGGCCUGGCAGCCCAGGACAAGAGAGGGAUGGAGGCAAAUAUGAAGUCUGCCCUCAGUCGGAGCCUAGUGGAAAAUAAUGUGCAUCAGCAGGAUGAUUCACCUGAGAGGAAGCAUCCACAGGGGCUGGAUGGCCCCAACACCACACGCACCCCUCUGACUCCUGGAAGAGAUGGUGGUGCAGCCUGCGGCACAGAAACAAAUGAGCGGCAUGACUCCACAGAGCACAUACAGGAGUAUUACAGGCAGCGACUCCGUGUGCAGCAGCAUCUGGAGCAGAAGCAGCAGCAGAGGCAGCUUUACCAGCAGAUGCUGCUGGAGGGAGGAGUGAAGCCUCAAGACGGAGCCCAACACAACCUCACUGAGACCUUCCUCAGCAGAUCCAUUCAGAAGUUGGAGGAGAUGAAUGUGGGCAUCGACCACCGAGGAGAUGAGGUGAUGACACAUCUGGGCCAGCAGUGCAACGGAGUGAAGAAUAACAGCAGCAGUUCUAGUCCCAGGACCUCCAACACCCGCCACACACCAGACACUGGGCUGCCAAGGGAAAAACAAGGCGGGGUAAGCAGCAGCACCCCGUUAAGGACUGGGAGCCACGGCUUGCCGUCCCUCGGGGAGUCCCCGGUACCUACCAGUCAGAGUGCUGAGAAGAUCAGAGGGCCUGGUGCAACAGUUCAAGAUGACUCUGGCUGUUCUGCGACACGUAGCACAGCACAAGAGCCAGGGAAGUCCAAGACACUGUUUGUCAAAGUGAGCACACUGGAGGACACGCAGGCGGUGCGUGCGGUGGCCUUCCAUCCCUCUGGCUCACUCUAUGCUGUCGGCUCCAACUCCAAAACCCUGAGAGUGUGCGCCUACCCCGACACACCGACUGCCAGUGGUUCUGGUGCAGUCAAGCAGCCGGUGGUACGCUUCAGGAGGAACAAACACCAUAAGGGCUCAAUCUACUGUGUAGCCUGGAGCCACUGUGGACAACUGUUGGCCACUGGCUCCAAUGAUAAAUACGUCAAGGUCCUGCCUUUCAAUGCAGACAGCUGCAAUGCCACAGGCCCAGAUCUGGAGUUCAGCAUGCAUGAUGGUACCAUCAGGGACCUGGCCUUCAUGGAGGGCCCUGAGAGUGGAGGAUCCAUAUUGAUCAGUGCCGGGGCCGGAGACUGCAACAUCUACACCACUGACUGUCAGAGAGGACAGGGCCUUCACGCCCUGAGUGGACACACUGGUCACAUUCUGACUCUAUAUACAUGGGGAGGGUGGAUGAUCGCCUCUGGUUCCCAGGACAAGACCGUCCGUUUCUGGGACCUGCGGGUGCCCAGCUGUGUGCGGGUGGUGGGCACAACCCUGCAUGGCACAGGAAGUGCAGUGGCGUCAGUGGCAGUGGAUCCCAGCGGCCGCCUGCUGGCCACCGGUCAGGAGGACAGCACCUGCAUGUUGUACGACAUCAGAGGAGGCCGUAUAGUCCAGACAUACUGCCCCCACAGCAGUGACAUUCGCUCAGUGCGCUUCUCACCCGGAGCCCAUCAUCUCCUCACUGGAUCCUACGACAACAAAAUCAUCAUCAGUGACCUGCAAGGCGACCUAACAAAGCCACUCCCUCAGACGGUGGCAGGGGAACACUGGGACAAGGUGAUCCAGUGUAGGUGGCACCCACAUGACCGAACCUUCCUCUCCUCCUCUGCGGAUCGAACUGUGGUCCUCUGGGCGUCAGGGCCCUGAAAUACUCACCAGAGAAACACUGGUUACCAACAACAAAAGCACAGACAAGACAAGAUGUGGAAUACACCCCGGCAUGAGAUGACAAACUGCUGCGGGGUGCGUGUGUGUUUGUGCGUGUAUGCACACAUACUGCGUGAAUUAAGCUGUUUAUAUGUUGUUCAGUUUAAAGUGAGUGUGCAUAUGUGUGUGUGUGUAUAUAAACUGUGAGACAGACAUGUUUUUAGGUGAAAAUCCAAUCACUUUAAAGAUGACAGUCUAUACAUGGUGUGUGUGUGUGUGUGUUUGAAUACUACUGUAUAUGUUGGUGUGAAUCUGUGCCUGUGUGUGUGUGUGUGUGUGUGUGUGUUUAAGCAAACAUUGCAUUCUGGAAAUAUGUAUAUGGCUUUGCAGUUUGAGUGUAAAAAGAGAAAAAUGAAUUAAAGGACCAGUGUGUAAAAUUUAGGGGGAUCAAUCAGCAGAAUUAGAAUAUAAUAUUCAUAAGUACGUUUUAAUUAGUGUAUAAUCACCUGAAAAUAAGAAUUGUUGUAUUUUUGUUA